AUGCAUCUGUCUCACCUGCUGCUCCUGGCCGCUCUGCUGACCCCCGCCGGGGCCUUCGACCUGGGCCAGACCACACGCUGCGUCCCCGUCCCGCCGCAGAUGAGCGUCUGCCAGGACGUGCCGUACUCAGAGAUGCGUCUGCCGAACCUGCUGGGCCACAGCAGUCUGGAGGAAGCGGUUCCUCGCUCGGACGACUGGAGGACGCUGCUCCACACCGGCUGUCACCCACAGGCCCGGGCCUUCGUCUGCUCGCUCGUCGCUCCCGUCUGCCUCGACAGGUUCAUCCAGCCGUGUCGGAGCGUGUGCAUCGCUGUGAGGGAGAGCUGUGCUCCUGUGUUGGCCUGUCAUGGACACGCCUGGCCCGAAGCCCUGGACUGUGACCGGUUCCCCGCGCAGGACGACACGUGUCUGACACCCCUGCCCAAACACAUCAGCGCCUUCUCCAAAGAUUUCCCUCAGCCCGUGUGUCAGAGCUGUCCGUCUGUGGAGGAAGCCCCGUCUCUCAAAACCGUGCUGGACGCGCUCUGCCUCACCGACUUCGCCAUCAAAGCCAAGAUCUCUCGGCGCCGCCUGCCCUCCGCAGACCCGGAGCUGACGGUGGAAGGCCCGGUGGAGCUGAUCCGGCGCGGUCCGCUGCUCCCGUACGACACCGUGAGCCUCAUCCAGCGCUGGCUGCUCAUCAACCUCCGCUGCGCGCUCCCGCUGGUGCGCCCCGGCCGCGCGCAGCUCUACCUGAUGACGGGCACGAUGCGCGCCUCCGGCUCCAUCCAGCUGUCCAGUCUGUUCCCGUGGCUCAAGAAGGACCUGCACAUCACCGCGGCCGCGCGCAAAUGGAAACACCACAAGUGCUGAGAUGAUUACGACACAGUGACACACACACAGCUCUUGAGAUGCACUCCGACUGUUGUACAUAGAGAUUACAGAAUUGUAAAGAAUAUUAUUUUCUAUUCAGAUGUACUUUGUAAAAGAUGCAAGUGUAUUUAUGUCUGUUUUUCGUAGUUUUUUGUUGUGUGCUGUAAAUAAUAAAUGUUUCUACUAUAUUAUUGUGUUUAUGCAUUCAUAUUUGG